AUGCAGGGAAAAAAAGGAGAGGCCCCGACGAUCAUCGCCUUCGCCUUGGUGGGAAAUGAUAUCCGGUUCGAUCACAUUGGACUUCUCGUCAAUCAUGAAGACGAGACGAGCGCAAAACAAAGAAAAGAGUGGUACGGAUUACGAGGUCAUCGCAGGUCGGUUGGGGCCGAUUCCAGGACGCAUGGUGCUGAUCAGGGGCUGGAGAGCAUGCAUUCUUCCCGUACUUUAUACCCUGCACUGAGGGUCUAA